AUGGCUUCUUCUGUGACAGAUCGUGUUAAGAGUAUUGGAGAGUCUAUUUCAGAAUCAGCCAAAAACAUGUUCGAAAACGACAAGGUCGCUGACCUCAAGAAGAACAUCAAGGAUUCUCAUAGCAAACACCCUCAGACCACCGACUAUGGUAUCAAGGUAGCAGACUUGGAUCACUGGUUGAAGGUCGUCGAUGAAGAGAACAACAAGGUCGGACCACAUCUUCUUGAGGACCAAAUUGCACGAGAGAGGAUCCAUCGUUUCGACCAUGAGCGUAUCCCGGAACGUGUGGUUCAUGCGCGUGGUGCCGGUGCACAUGGUCAGUUCAAGCUAUUCGAAAGUCUUGAGGAUGUGACUACUGCUGGAGUUUUGACGGACACCUCCCGUACCACCCCUACCUUCGUGCGGUUUUCCACCGUGCAAGGUAGUAGAGGCAGUGCCGACAGCGUCCGAGAUGUCCGAGGGUUUGCCACCAAAUUCUACACCAAAGAAGGUAACUGGGACAUUGUCGGAAACGAUAUCCCUGUCUUUUUCAUCCAAGAAUCGAUCAAAUUCCCCGAUCUUGUCCAUGCGGUGAAGCCGGAGCCGGACAAUGAAGUUCCUCAAGCUCAAACUGCCCAUAACAACUUCUGGGACUUUGUGUUUCUGCACAAAGAAGCAACACACAUGUUCUUCUGGGCCAUGUCUGAUCGAGGUAUCCCCCGCUCGUACCGAAUGAUGCAGGGUUUCGGUGUCAACACUUUCGCCCUGAUCAAUGCGAAGGGUGAGAGGACUUUCUGCAAAUUCAUCUGGACUCCAGAGCUGGGAGUGCAUUCCUUCGUCUGGGACGAAGCUCUCAAAUUAGCUGGUCAGGAUCCCGACUUCCAUCGCAAAGACCUGUAUGAGGCCAUCGACAAUGGGGCGUACCCGAAGUGGAAGUUCGGUGUCCAACUGAUCCCAGAGAAAGAUGAACAUAAGUUCGACUUUGACAUUCUCGAUUCGACAAAGGUUUGGCCUGAGGAGCAGGUCCCCAUUCGAUACGUCGGUGAGAUGGAGCUCCAGCGUAACGUCGACGAAUACUUCACCGAAACUGAACAAGUUGCUUUCUGCACAAGCCACAUCGUCCCGGGUAUCGAUUUUACCAACGACCCCCUGUUGCAGGGCAGGAACUUCUCCUACUUUGACACUCAGCUCUCGCGUCUAGGCGUCAACUGGCAGGAGUUGCCUAUCAAUCGGCCUGUCUGUCCGGUGCUCAAUUUCAACCGCGACGGUCAGGGGCGUCACACCAUCACCAAAGGAAAAGCUAACUACUGGCCCAACCGGUUUGAGGCAAAUCCCCCUACUGGUCACGGCGGUGGUGGCUUCAUGUCAUACCCUGCCAAAGAGACCGGUAUGGAUCAGCGAAAACUGGCGCCCAAGUGGAAAAAUUACCUGUCUCAAGCUCAGCUCUUUUACAACUCCAUGUCCGAUAUUGAGAAGAGGCACAUUGCAAACGCCUUCUCUUUCGAACUUGACCAUUGUGACGACCCAAUUGUUUAUGAGCGUCUGGUCUCUCGCCUCACGGAAAUCGACCUGUCUCUAGCAGCGGCUGUCGCUGAGAAGGUGGGUGCUCCGACUCCUACCAAACAGACAGUGGAGAACCCAGGUUUCAAGGCCAAGGGUCUCAGUCAGUUUGACUAUUUGCCGGAGACGCCUACGAUCAAGUCUCGCCGCAUCGCCAUUCUGAUUGCAGAUGGCUUCGAUGCGGUGGCGUACGGUGCAAUGAAGGCUGCGGUCUUGUCUCAAUUGGCGCUGCCAUUCACCAUCUCCAACAAGCGCCAAAACGUUAAGGCAGCGGAUGGUACGACCACCGUCAAACCUGACCACUUCCUUAACGGUCAGCGUUCGACCAUGUUCGAUGCCAUCUUCGUGCCCGGUGGUGAGCAGUCCAUCAAGACCCUCGUGGGCAACGGUCUUGCUCGAUUCUACGUCCGCGAGGCUUUCGCUCAUCUCAAGCCCAUCGGGGCCACCGGCGAAGGCGUCAAGCUUGUCCAGGCCGCGCUUAACGAGGUUGACGGCGCUCAGGUGGCAACUCAAGGCUCUUCGGAUGUGGUUGACUGGUACGGUGUCGUUACCGCCCAGAAGCCAGAUGACGAAUCCAGCAUCAAGAGCGGCCUCAAGUUGGUGAAGGAAGCAAAGGACUUUACUUCGAAGUUCUUUUACAAUAUUUCCAUGCACAGAAACUGGCAGAGGGAACUUGAUGGCCUUGCUGAUAUGGUCUCUGCUUAA